AUGGAAGUGGCCCCAGCUACUAUGCAUCUUCACCAUCACAAGCAGCAGCUCCAGCCCGCGCCCAAGCUGAUGCGCCAGCCCUCGCUCAAGAAGGUGGAGUACUUCGUCGAGGUGCCGGCAAUGGACGACCAGGAGGUCGAGCCCGCCGUGCCCAAGGGCUUCGGCUCGCUCGCCAUGCGACGCGUCCGGCGCCGCAUGGCCCGCGGACUCGGCGCCACCUUCAACUUCCUGUCGCAGCUCGACGACCAGGAGUGCGUCGACGAGAGCGGCUUCACCUACCAGCACGACGAGCGGGUCGAGUCCAUGGUGCGCCCGGCCGAGGAGCGGCAGUGGAUGCUCGAGGUCGCAGCCGACGGCGCGGCGAGCUGGACCUUCAGCUUCGUGUGCGACGACACCGAGGAGCAGGAGCAGGAGCAGGAACAGUUCCAUAGUACCGCGGAGCCGAUCGACCGCCGACUCCUGCUCUCCCGCAAGGCCAGCGACUUCUGA